AUGAGAUGCGAUUGUAUCCACGCACCAGUGCACCACACGUUAAUAUGCAAGGCACCAACCCUGAUUGCAUCACUUCCGCCCCACGAUGAUCUCAAAAGAAUCGACUUCGGGGACUUUGUCAAUGCUCAUCAUUCCAAUGUCUCGGGUCAUCUUCAGCCAGUUGUACAGCCACCGGAACUCCUUCGGGUGUCAGAGGUGUAG